AUGGGGAAGAGAUUGAGGAGAUCGCGAUCAAUAUGCUGCUGCGCCUCCCCACGCUCAUCGCACCGGACUCCUCAUGCGAUUUUCAGCUGGUAUGAAGAGGAUGUAUGGACUGAGGUUGCCAAAUAUUUGGAUGGGAGAUCUCUAGUGAUGCUUGCUGUAACUUGCAAAUGGUUUCAUCGCAUUAUGAUGGAAGACAGUGUGUGGAAAUAUGCAUGCUUGCGCGACCUUCAAGUUCCUGACCCUGGAAACGUCCCAUUCAAAUGGAUCGAACUCUACACCACAGCUUUCGAUGGAAGUCACACUUACAUGUUUCGUCAGCAGGAGAAGCAUAUUGAUUGGAUGCGAAUUGGAGCUUUCUUGUUUGACUCACCCGACGCUCUCCUUACUGAGAGUCUAAUAGAAAGCAUAAAAACUCCCAAAGAGGAGACAACGGAAAAGUUGUUUCACAAAGAAGGCUUCUGUUUGUUAAACAAUAUUAAAACUGGAAUCUGGAUUGCUGACUUGCAGCUAGUCCGGUGUCCUGUCUGUGACCUUGACACAUGUGAUGGAACAAUGCAGACACUGGAUGCAAGGCAUAUUGAACUCUUUUUGAGUGAGGAAUAUCAUAGUGGGAUCUGGGACUACUAUCUUUUAGGAUCCCAUAACAUCAACAAGCAGGCUGAUGGGGCUUCUGGUGGGAUUUUCGACCUCAAACAUAUCAACGAUGAAUCAACCUCUGAUAUCUUUGAUUACAAAACAUGGGUGGGAAAACGAAUUGACUGGCAACCAAAAACAAAGAUAACUCUUCACGCGGUAGCAGUAAACACUAAUUUGCAAGAGAAUGAAGGUCUUCAGAUCAAAUACCAUGCAAUGAGGGCUGGGAAAGGCGGUGAAGUCGUAUCAAUUCGUAUAUCUCAACAGCUGCGCUAAUUUUGCCCUUAGCCUAUCCAUUUUCUGAAUAAGAAUUUUCGUCUUUUAGCUUAUAAAUGUCUCAACAUAUACAACC